UGCGGCAGUCUGAUUACAAAAAAAAAAAAAAAAAAAAAAAACUGGCGUGUGCAUAAUCCGCUGUCUCCCAGUCUGCAAUUCAGACACUCCGAAGUCCGAACCCUAAUUGGAAUUCCUUCCUGCGAGUUCGUUCUCCCUUUAGUCUUCAACGAUUUCCCAAUCCGAGAAAAUCACAACUUUUCGACUCGCAACAAUUCCCGUGGGGUUUUCUUUUCUCCAUCAAUUCCCUCGUCCACCUUUCUUUUCCCUUCGCGCGAUUUCCAGCUGAAGAAAUGGGGCGCUACCGGGGAGUCUCCCGCGCGGCGGGUAACGACGAUAACAACCUAAGAUCAAAAAGAAGAAAGACAGGUGCCUCGACAGCCCAGACCGCGGAGACUGCUUCAACAUCUACUGUAUACCAAGAGAUAGGGAAACCAUCUAUAUACCACUGUAAUUACUGUUGCAAAGACAUCUCAGGAGUGGUUCGAAUGAAGUGUGCGGUAUGUCCUGAUUUCGACCUCUGUGUGGAGUGCUUUUGUGUUGGAGCUGAAGUUUCUCCCCACAAAUGCAAUCAUCCGUAUAGGGUUAUGGACAACUUGUCUUUCCCACUCAUUUCUCCAGACUGGAAUGCUGACGAAGAGAUGUUACUCCUGGAGACAAUAAAUAUGUUUGAUUGUUAGGGCAUUGGAACUUAUGGAUUUGGAAACUGGGCUGAAGUUGGAGAACACGUUGGGACAAAGAGCAAAUCUGAGUGCAUCGAUCACUAUACUACUGUCUACAUGAACUCUCCGUGCUUUCCGCUUGCAGACAUGUCUCAUAUAAUGGGAAAGAGCAGAGAGGAACUUCUUGCAAUGGCCAAGCAAUGUGGCAUAAAAAGGAAAGACCCUCCUGUGCUUGAGGAGCUUGCCCUUAGAGAGGAGUCUUCCAUUGGUGUGAAAAUCAAAAGUGAAGAACCAACACCGAAGAAAGAACAUGUAGAUUCUUCAUCUACGUCAAGCGUUGUUGGUUCACAUGCUGGCCCAAGCAGCGGCAAGGCAUGCCCUGGUGGGAAAAAGAAGGCUGCUUCUAUAGCCCAACUCAACGCCGCUGUUAAACUGGAGGAAUCCCUGGCUGACAGAAGCAUCGGUGAAAAGAAGCCAAGGGGUUUGGCAGAGGAAGGACCUUCUUUAACUGAGUUAAGUGGCUAUAACUUCAAACGCCAGGAGUUUGAGGUUGAAUACGACAAUGAUGCCGAACAAAUGCUGGCAGACAUGGAAUUCAAAGAGACUGAUACAGAUUAUGAACGCCAACUCAAACUGCAAGUGCUCCAUAUUUAUGGGAAAAGGCUGGAUGAGAGAAAACGAAGGAAAAAUUUUAUACUAGAAAGGAAUCUGCUUUAUCCCGAUCCAUUCGAGAAAAACCUUGCACCUGAUGAGAAGGAAAUAUAUAAACGUUACAAAGUUUUCAUGAGGUUCCACUCGAAGGAAGAACAUGCAGCGCUUAUGAAGAAUGUCAUCGAGGAGCACCGAAUUGCUAAGCGGAUAGCAGAGCUCCAGGCAGCCCGAGCGGCUGGCUGUCGAUCUGCUGCUGAGGCGAAUCAGUUCAUAGAGGAGAAGAAGAUGAAAGAAGGCGAUCAUAGUGGUCAGAGAGCAAAGGAGAGCACACAAGUCGCUGGUCCAAGUGGCAAAGGCUUGCUGAGGUCAGGCCAUCAGCUCAAAGGAGAAGCUGAUGUCAGCAGUCCUCGAGAAGCUGCCAAGUAUCCAACUAGUUCUCAGCAACUAGUACUGCCAGAUGUCCUCUAUGAUUGGGAUAUCACUGGAUUCCCGGGAGCUGAGUUGCUGUCCGAAUCUGAGAAGCAACUUUGCAAGGAAAUGAGGAUACUACCCGCACACUAUCUGAAGAUGAUGCAGAUAAUAUCGACGGAGGUGUUGAAGGGAAGCGUGAGGAAGAAAGCUGAUGCCCAUGGCUUGUUCAAGGUCGAACCGAGCAAGGUUGAUAGAGUCUAUGAUAUGUUGGUGAAGAAGGGAAUUGCUCAAGUUUGACAAACUGCUGUAGCAUUCCCCCCCUUGAGUUAUUUAACGUUCUAAGAUGUAUGUACAAGUAGUGUUAGAGGAACAGACUUCCCACUGUUUUUGUGUCUAUAUAUUUAGUUAAUAGGAUGAAAGCACCAAAAGUGAAAUAUUUUUUUUAUAAUUAGAAGUGAAAUAGAGUUGGGAUUA